AUGUAUGCGUGCAUCCCUGAGUACCUCUAUAGGUGCACGUCAUCGGUUCGGCGGUCCCAAGCCUCCCCUCCAAGGUGGCGAUUUGUGUGCACGCAGCUGAUUGAUUUCGGGUUUUCGCUCUUCACUUCGACGAAUGCGCUCAACCAUCCCGACGACUUGGGUUUUUCCGAGCAGAAAGCCCGCAGCAUGCAAAACGCAAAGGGGGGAGAAGGCGGUGAGUCGUUUCCGCCCUUCUCUCAGCCGAAUCAGCCUCCACGGGAUUCUCCCUUCCUGAUCCAGGCCACGGUGACCCCCGAGGGAGUUGAACACGCGCAACAGAGGGAGGAAGGCACGUCGGUGUCCUCGACAAAAAACCCUUUUCCUCCGAGAAGCCCCACAAACCAACCUUCAGCUGCUGCCAUGGCGUUAGAAGGGCGCACACCGGCGGUCAAGUGGGAAAGACAGGGAGGCGAGGAGGCGCCUCCCCACACGCCCAACAGCUGCCUAGGCGAGCGCUCUGUGACAGACAUGGAGGUUUCCCCGUUGCAGCCAGGCGGGGAAAAGCGAAACGAAGAGAUCCCCUUUAUUCCUGACACCUACUUCCUCUCUUGCAUGACACGCAACAACUGGAAAGGACCAAGUGCGCUCCUCAGCAAACGCAUCGUCGGCACCCCAGGGUUGCAUCCUCCAGAGGUGCUGAAGCAUACCUCCUACACGCCAGCAACGGAUAUGUGGGGUCUAGGCCUCCUCAUUAACGCUCUCUUGACGGGAUCGCUCAUGCCUGAACUUGCCAACAAUGGCAACCUUCUCUUCGACGAAAUGCAUGACAGUUUUCCUCUGCAGUCGCUCUUCCACCGCCUCUUCUAUCUUCUCCUCGCUUACGCCUUGCCGCCCUCCGAAAUUCCCGAGGAAGUUGAAGUUCUGUUCUACGCCUUCGAUAGGUCCAAGAGGGGCAUGGUUUUCUACGACGACUUUGUGUCCACACUAAGAAGCCUCGAUCUCUCCAUUCGAGAUCCCGAAGCGCUCGAGAUCUUCACCUCCAUGUACACCUCAACGCGGACGGUUUACAGUUCCACUGGUUGUUGCCUCCACCAGGCUGUUCACGCUCUGGAGUUCACGCCUUUCCUUGCAGGCGUAAUGGACAAGCAACUGCUUCUGCACGCCAACUCCCUGAGGCGCCUUUUCUGCCGACUGGAUCCUUCGCGGAAGGGGACUGUGGCUGUGGGCCAGGUGAUCUCCCUGCUGGGGUCGGAAGGCAGACUCCGAGACGAGUUACGGCACUACUUGGCGGAGAUGGGCAUACAAGCGACGAGCGCGUUCUCCUUUGAGGAACUCGCUAUUGCGCUUGAGAAGGACAAGGCGCCAGAGGUGUGA